AUGGCCGGAGGACGCAAAGCCAAAGCCGCGCCCCCCAAAGGCCCAACACCAACACUCGUCCUCGACAACGGCGCCUCAACCAUCAAAGCCGGCAUCGUGCGCGACGGCAAAUUCGACGACCCGCGCAUCAUCCCAAACGUCAUCGCCCGCGACCGCGCCCGCAAAGUCUACGUCGCUUCCGAGAUUGAGAAAUGUCGCGACUUUGGAGAGAUACAGUUCCGGAGGCCCAUGGAGAAGGGCUUCAUCGUCAAUUGGGAGGCGCAAAAAGAGAUUUGGGAUCGUGAGAUUUUUGAGAACAAGGCUUUUGCGAUUGAUCCUGCUGAGUCGAGGUUGAUACUCGCUGAACCGCCAAAUGGAUUGCCGAUUCUGCAGGCCAAUUGCGAUCAGAUUGUUUUUGAAGAGUAUGGGUUUGAGAGCUACUAUCGCGGUAUAGGCCCAACAUUCAAUGCCUACCACGAUAUCCAAAACAUCUUCCGAACACCCCGGGACGAUCCGACCGCAAGCAAUACCCCCGCCGAAGCCGUCAUGGUGAUCGAUUCCGGAUACUCGCACACGAUCAUCACGCCACUCCUCCGCGGCCAACCUCUACACUCGGCCGUCAAGCGAUUAGAUGUCGGCGGCAAGGUCCUCACCAACUACCUGACACGCUUAAUCUCUCUUCGUCAUUUCGAUAUGCGCAAUGACACAUACAUUGUCAACGAGAUGAAGGAGCUUUCUUGCUACGUCUCACCCGACUUUAAAGCCGAUCUGGAAAAGUCUUGGAAGGGCACAAGGGGAGAUCGACGGCCGGAUUAUUUGUCUGGAGGUGGCAUUGCCAAAGAUUACAUCCUACCCGACUUUCACACCCACUCCAAGGGAAGAUUAUGCGAAUACGAACCCUCACGACACUCGAAAGCGAAGAAAAUGGCCAACCAAUCCGAAGAAGACGCUCUGACGUUACGAAAUGAGAGAUUCACGGUUCCUGAAAUACUAUUCAAUCCAUCAGAUGUCGGGAUUAGGCAACCCGGCCUGGCUGAAUUGGUUCAGGAAUCACUUAACGAACUCCCCAUUGGUCUUUGGCCCAGCCUCUUGGCCAAUAUCGUCGUUGUAGGUGGGAACUCGCUCUUUGACGGGUUUAUCCAGCGAGUACAGAAGGAAGUCGUGCAACGCGUGCCCGACGAUUGUAUAGUGAGAGUCGCCCGACCUGCAGAUCCGAUUACACAGACGUGGUACGGCGGCGCCAAUCUAGCGAGCCACCCACACAUUGAGAAACUGGCGGUCACAAAAAAAGAUUACGAAGAGCACGGUGCUGCGUGGGUUGCUCGGAAGUUUGUAACUGGGCUGGGAACGUGA